AUGGCGGCGCUCCGAUGCGCGCCGUGCGGCUGGAGGCGAGUCUUGGCCGCGGGGGUGCUGAUGACGCUCGCGCUGGUUGCGCUGGAUAUCGCGACCGACUAUGACGAGGACGACGAUGCAGGCUUGCGACCACGCGGCAUCCUAUUUGAUGAGCUGGAUGAUGGCGAAUUUGACGGCCCGGAUGAUCUGUGGACGUUAGAGACGAAGUUGAGCCGUGGAUGCGCCCCAGGGACGAGAUCUAACGGUUGCGACCGCGUCGACGCUGUAGUCGUUGCAGAUGGCGAGCUGGGCGAGAGGGUGCACGCGGUGUGCGCGGCGUCCGCCAUGACGGCGCUCAGCACGCUGCUCACGCUCGCCGUGUGGCCGUCCGACCGCCACAUGCCGCACGUCCGCUUCUCCCACCUCUUCUCCCUCACGCCGCCCGCGCCCGCCUCCUCCUCUGCCGACAGCCCUGCCACGCCCGCCCCCAACGCCACGGCGGGGGGUGGCGGGGGGGGCAGGGGGGGCGGGAAGAGUGCGUUCGUGGGCGGGCCGGAGCGGCGUGUGUGGGUGCGCGAGUCAGCGCUGCCCGCUGCGGCGUGGAGGAGCGGGCUCAACCUCGCCAGGCGCACGGUACACCUCCUUGCUGCCACCCCACUCCCCUUUCACAUCACAACCCUCCUCGCCCCUCACUCACCUAUCCUCGCGCCUCACAUGGGACCCACACUGCACUGCACCCUCCUACCUCUGCUGCCCCCUCCUCUCCCAACGCUCUUGCUACCACUGUCUCCCAUCCGCACCUGCCUCUGCCACCGCCCUCCCCAGCAUCUCUCACUUCUUAACCCCUUGCGCGCGCUUUUCAACCCUUUCGACCAUCGCCCUCCCAUCCUCCUAUCCCCCCUGUCUAUCGCGUUUCUGAAGAACCCCUGUGCCUUCGACCUCGCCCUGCCACCUGCUGUGUGCCCACCUGCUGUGUGCCCACCUGCUGUGUGCCCACCUAAUGCUGCUCUCAUCAGAAUGUUCCAAGCCCUGCCGGACGCGUGUGCGUUUGAGCGCGCCAUGGGGGCGUGCAUGGCGGCGCUGCACCCCUCGCCGCCCGUGCAGCAGCUGCUGCAGCGGGAGAACGCCACGCGCCUGCAGGCCUCGUAUGGCGUCUUCGUGGAUACGCUGGCAGCAGCGGGGUGCAGCGGGUGUGGGAGCAGCAACGGGUCGACGGCAGUGGAGUGUGUGAUGCGGCGCCUCACCAUGAGCUUCCUCAAGGACCCCUCCAAGGGCUUCACUCUCGCCGCUGCCAACCCCCACCACGCCGCCGCCGUCGCCGACUUCUUCCAUGCGCAGCGCGCCCCCGCCCUGUUGCACGCCACGCUGCUGCGCGCCGCCACCUGCCCCUUCGGCGAACACGUCACUGCGCCGCGCGACCACCGCCACACGCCGCCAGUGACCAGUGCUGCCGCCCUGCAGGCAGGCGCGGUGGGAGGGGGUGGCGGAGCAGCAGACGAUGGGGGUGGCAGUGGAGGGGGCGAGGGGGAUGCGGUGCUGCUGCCUUUCAACAACCGCGUCACACCGGAACAGCUGCUGCUGUGCCUGCAUGCACGCGUGGCGGAGCUGUAUGCGUUGAGUCGCACGCAAGGGCUAAUCGCGGUGAACUCGUCGUCGGCGGAGGCGCGGUUCGUGGCGGCGCACGGCAGCGCGCGCAGCGAGCUGUUCCGCGUGCAGCGAGCCGUGUGUGACUCGCCGCCGCUGCGCCCCAUCACACACCUCAAGUUCGCUAAAUACACCAUCGUGGAAGAGCGCCUGGGCGUGAUGUACUGUGGGGUGCCCAGUGUGGCGUCCACGGCGUGGCUCACAUGGCUGUGCGCGCGUCUGGGGCUGCCAGCACCGCGGGAGGGGCGCGUGGCGGUGGACGACCGCGAUGGCGGGCUGCACGAGCUUGCGCUGCACUUCACCGAGGCGCAAGCCGUGCGCAUCAUCACGCGGCCCGACCUGCUGCGCUUCACGUUUGUGCGCAACCCCUUCUCGCGCCUCGCCUCCACCUUCCGCUCCACCGUGCUCGCCACCCACCACUCCCACGCACCCACCUCGCGCGACCACUGGAGCAAUGCAUUGUUCAGAGCGGUGCGGCCCAUAGUGGAGGCGGUGGUGCGGGAGUGCGAGGGGCAGCUGUCCUUCCCGUCCUUCGUGCGCCUCGUGGGCCGCCUCAUGGACCACAGCCGCCCCCUCAUGGACUCCCGCAUCGCACCUCAGGUGGACGUGUGCGCCCUGUCGGCCAUCAAGUACGACGUGGUGGGCCGUGUGGAGAGCCUGCUGGACGACGCCCGCGCUGUCGUGGACCGCGUGGGCGGGCAGGGCGGCGGGGGGCAGGGGGCGCAGGUGGAGAUCUUUGAGGAGGACGGCACGGGGAAGGGUGCAGACGCCGACGCCAGCCUUGCACGGCUGUAUGACAAGGACACAUACGAGGCGGUGAAGAGCAUAUACGCCAUGGACUUCUAUGUGGCGCUCAACAACAUCACACAGCCCGCUCCCCACGUGCUGCACGACCUGCUGGAGAGCGAGCUCUGA